AUGCAAAUGUUUUCGUUUUUUCUUUCCUUUUCUUUACAAUAUUUUCUUUGUCUUUUGAAAAAAAAAAGUCUGUCUGCUAAUCAUUUUCAGCCGCCAUCUUUAUUUGUAUUUACCAUUUUUUUCUUCCCUUUUUUCUUCUUUUCUAUACAAAUUUAUUUUCGUUUUUGUGCUUUAUUUCUUUCCUCGCUUUUUUUUUUUUUUAUUUUUUUUUAUUUACCCACCCGACUUUAUUCCUUUAAUACAAUUUGUUUAUUUUUUCCUGUUCUGCUCUUUCUUCCGUUCCAUUAUUUCUUUCCGUUCAUCCUUCCGCCCUUUCUUUCUUUCUUUCUUUCUGCUCUUCCUUCCACCGUUUCUUUCUUGCCGUGCUUCUUUCAGUCUGUUCUUUUUUCCUUUCUUUCUUCCUCCUCUUCCUUUUUUUCUUCCUUCUCCGUUUUCCUUCUUUCCUUCCUCCCUCCCUCCUCUUUUUUUAUUUUUUCAAUCAAUUUUACGCCAUUAAUUGUCGCAUCAUCCUCUUUUUUCUCUGCUUUUAUCUUUUUUUCUUUAACCCCCCUCCUUCCGGCGGUUUUUUUUCUUUACCCCCCCCUCUCUAUUUUUUUUUUUUUAACCCCCCUUUUUUUUUUUUUCCCAUUUCAAAUUCUCUCUAUUUUUUUGGCCUUCUUUAAUAGUCUUCUCUAUUUUUCUUUACCCCCCUUCUCUAUUUUUUUUGGCCUUCUUUGA